AUGCAGGGAAACACAUCUUCGCCUCUGAACUCAACCUCCCUCCCGACGCCACUCCCUCCCAACACCACCGCUAACAUCAAUGCCACAGCGAAGCCCUUCAGUGUGUUUGAAGGGUGCGAGCACCAGGUGGAAGGCAUCCUCUUUGACCUGACCCUGCAGAGCAUUAACGUAGUGGUGGGAAUCCCCGCCAACUUAGCGGUCAUCGCGAUCCUCAUCCGCAGUCGCAAAACCCCCUCCACUUCGGACGUGUUCCUGGGCUGCCUUGCUUUCAUGGAUUUCUACUUUGGUACCAUGACCCCCCUCAGCUUCCUAAACUUUUACUACUGGCACAGCAAAGCGGUGUGGUCCGCCCUGAAGUUCUCCUACGGGGUGAAAGACACGAGCGGGCCGCUGUUCCUGUCCUGCAUCUGCCUCGACCGCUUCGUGGCUGUGAUCUUUCCGGUCCAGUUCGGCCAGUUCAAACCCAUCAAGUACAGGUUAGGCCUCUCCGUGCUGGUGUUAUUCCUCACCUUUGCAUACUCCGCAGCCAAAACUGUGGGAGGCCUUCCCAACUUCGAGAAGGUGUUCACCGUUGAGAUCCUGGCAGCAUUUGGUUGGAUGAUGCUGUGCAAUGUGUGCGUCCUGUGGGCCCUGAAGAAGUCCCGCGGAGCGGGGAAAGACGAGAUGCACCCCAUGAAGAAGAAGGCCUUCAAGAUGGUGCUGUCUCUCCUCUGUAUCAUUUUGUUUAACUACCUGCCACCUGUAGCACUGUUUCCUUUUGAAGACCACUACUCCCCUGAGGUGUUCCGCUGCUAUGUGCAGCCCGUGUGCUUCGCUUUCGUCAACAUCAGCAGCACGAUCCAGCCCAUUGUUUAUCUGUCCCGGCUGGAGAAGCUGCCUUUCCUGCCGGACUCCUGCGUUCAAAAGUGCUGCAACUGUAUCUCUGCAGAACAACACCAAAUCUCACCAGCACAAAACUCAUCUACUUAA